CAGAAAUUUUGGUUAUUCGCUUGGAUUUGAUUUAUGGCUUUGGCUUGGCUGAGAUCUUGACUGUGCUUGAUACUUGAUGUAUUUGAGGUUAACAUCACUUUGACAUGUUUUUGAAUCGUUUCGAAAAAUUGAAAACAUGAGUUAUCGCUAUGAAUGUUAUCUAAAUUUCAAAUCAACGAUAUGAACGUAUUUGAAAGCUUGAUAUAUCUUAUGGUUCUUUGUACCACUAUUAAUGGAAGUAGCAAUGAAGAUGAACAAGAUGAAUUUUUAGCAACUAAGGAAUGGCAAGUUAUAAAAGAAGGGCAAAAAGUACCUAAGGGGUUACACUACAGAAUUAAUUUUGAAACUGGUGUUAAGGAAGCAAAACUUCUAGAUGAUGAAGAUGAACAAAGUAGAAAAGAAAGAAAAAAUGAACUUUUAGAAAUACCAAAUGAUGAAGAAAAUCAUGCACUUUUGGACACUGAGAUCAUAAAACAGGCUAUCAAAAAAAUAAAAGAUGAUGAUGUCAAAAAAGCUGAAAAGAACACUGAAAAAUUUCGAUCAUUUGAGGAAUUGAAAAAAGAUUUUGGAGAUCUAAAUAUGAUUCCAAAAAUGGAUGUAGAAAUAUUAAUUGAUUUGAUGAGGCAACAUAAAGAUGAACUAGCAAAAGACAAAAUUGAUGCUCCUGCGGUAGUUAGGAUACUUGAAGAUUUUGAUUUCCUAGCUCACCAAAUUGAUAAUGGAGUAGAAUUUAUCAAGCAAGAUGGAUUGCAAGAAGUUAUUUACAAAAAUAUUAAUUCUACAAUCAAUGAAGUUAAAGAAGCAACAUUGAACUUAUUUGGUUCAUUAUUGCAAAAUAACCCCAAAGUUCAAAUAAGUGCUUUAGAAAGUGGGGCCGUAACAAUUUUACUGAGAACUCUUUCUACAGAGAAAUCAAGCCAGGUUCAGACUAAAGCAUUUCAUGCCUUGAGUUGCCUUCUGAGAAGGUUUCCCCUUGCUCAACUGAGAUUUGUUAAAAAUGGAGGAUUAGCUGUCAUUUCAAAGCUAUUUGAAAACAGCUCAUUGAAGUUACAAGUGAAACUAGUAACUCUCAUGAAUGAUUUGAUUAUAGAGAACAUGCAAGCAGCCAGAUAUAAGCAAAACUCUGCUUUGAAACAGUAUGAGGCGGUGGAUCUACAAUCUAAGCUUUUAAAUGAACAAAACUGGUGUGAAAAUUUAAACCAAUUACUCAUAAGGUUGUUUUCUGCUGAUCCUGAGGAUCAUGAUUUGCUAGAGAAAUGCAUAAUUGCCAUGCAUACAACAUCAGAAGAGUGUUCUUCUGUUUAUAAUACAAAUCUUUUGAUCCAAAUGAUGCAGAGAUACAAAGCUUUGGAAGAGAAUGAAAAAGCUGAAAAUGAGUCUAGUGAUGGUUAUUUUAACAGUUUACAUAAUUUAAUAUUGGAGAUUUUAAAUGUGAAACAUGUCAAAACUGAGUUGUAGCAGUUAUUAUGUAUAAUUAUUUUAUGUUGUUACAAAUAUACAAUGUCAAACAACUGGUAUUUUUUCCUGCAUAUUUGCCUCAUACACAGCAAUUUUUAGAUUUAAAAUAUUAACGCCCUUUCCAUCAUUAGUCCAUGUGAUCGACAAAGAUAGCAAACUUUAUUCUAAGCUACUUUUUACACUUGACUACCUUUAUCAGUAUUGUAAC